UGUUUCCUCUCUCUCUCUCUCUGUCAUAUGUUCUGUCAACGAGUCGUGAGUGGGUCUGCAGAAGUGUGUGUUGGGAUUUACUGUGUUGAGGUGUGUGUUGUGCUGGACUCAGAUUUGUACGUCUAGUGGCACCUGGACUCUUGUGUGUGUUUCUCAGGAAAUAUCUUGAGCGUCUGAGCCUGUGGAUGUCUGCUGAGCUGGAGUGUUUUAUCUGUCUGUCUCUCAGGAUGUGGAGGUGAAUCUUUCUUGACUUUAAUGAUGGCGCUUCAGGCUGGUCUGCAGGCUUGGUUUGGCGAGAAGUUUGAUACCCCGUUACAGAUUCCUCGCUGCCCGCGGGCUCCACGGCCCGGUCCGGGUCUGGCUGAUGUGUUCCAGUAUGAUCAGUGGUUGGCGGUGCGGCACGAGGCCACACUGGUGCCCAUGCAGGAGGACCUCGCCAUCUGGCUCAGUGGCAUGCUGGGCGAGGAAGUCCGAGUCGAACGCUUCAUGGAGGAGUUGGAUAACGGUGUCAGACUUUGUCGUCUGGUUGGAAUUCUGCAGAGCAAAAUCCCGCAGGACUCCGACCAAACACCGCUGUCCUCAAAGAAGAUUCAGUUCAAGAGAAACGCCUCCCCUGGAUCGUUUUUCGCUCGUGACAACACUGCAAAUUUUCUGUCCUGGUGUCGUCAAAUAGGAGUGGACGAGACGUAUCUGUUUGAGUCUGAGGGUUUGGUCCUGCAUAAGAACCCUCGGCAGGUGUGUUUGUGUCUGCUGGAGAUCGGACGCAUCGUCUCCAGGUAUGGGGUGGAGCCUCCGGUUUUGGUUCAACUGGAGAAGGAAAUUGAACUGGAAGAAAGUCUAAUGAUGACUGAUGACUCCGCUCCAGGCAAAACAUUCACUGUGUGCUGUCAGCACGGUGCCCUGUACCACACUGAUCGUGGGGACCAGGACGACUCUCCCUGCAACUGUUCACAGAGGUUUUCCAUUGAGUAUUUGUCUGAGGGUCGCUACAGACUGGGAGACAAGAUCCUGUUCAUCAGGAUGCUCCAUGGAAAGCACGUGAUGGUGCGUGUUGGUGGCGGUUGGGACACUCUGAAAGGGUUUCUGCUGAAAUACGACCCUGACCGUGUGCUGCAGUUUACCACUCUAGAGCAGAAGAUUUUAGCCUAUCAGAAAGGCCCAUCCAGCCCAGGCCCCGCCCUCAGCACACAGACCGCCCAGCUGCCCACGAUGGACCCCAUUGCCGCCGUUAACCUCCUCCCAGAGUCCUCCUCUUCCUCUUCCUCCUCCACAACCUCUUUGUCCAAACCCAACACGCCCGCUUCGGGCCACGGCACACCCCGCGGCUACUCCCAGUCACCUGCUUCCACACCCUCCCUGCCCCGGAAGGCUACAGCACCCAAAAAGACCCUUCAAAUGCCCAUUGCCUCCCACAAAACCACCCCACUUUCCUCACCAGUCCCAAAAAGAAGCCCCUUGACCCAGCCAGGCCUGAGCGGGGUAACUCAGAAGGCCCCCGCCCCCGCCCCAUCCAAAUCCAAACUACGCCCGCGUGGAUCGCCCAAUCAGCCCCGCAGUCCGGUCUGCUCCGAACCCACCUGCAAACUACCCAAACCUUCAGCCUUGCCCUGUGCCCAGCUUCCCCAAAGACCUUCGCAGCGUGAUGACCGCCCGCCUCCCGGGCCUGCACGCUCGCGAAUCGCGCAGCGACGCCCCCCGUCCCCUGCCUCCAGCUUACACUUAGAGUCCAGGAAAGCCCGCCCUGUUUCUCCUCAUUUGGCAGGAAUAGCGAGGGCUCCGAACAACCCAAAACAGACGAUAGUUUCCCCAAGAGCGCCCAUCCCUCUCACGAAAACCUCGGUGACCUGUAAGAGUAAACCUGUCGAGCAGAGCAGAGGUUGCGCAGCACGAACUGUUGCACCCAUCAGUGCUAAAACGGCUCCUCUCAGGAAACCUCUGGCCAGCAGUAACCCGCCCAAAGACAGUCCCACAACAGCCAGACCAGCACCUAACGGCGCCACACGGACUAAACCAAGCAAACGCGAAGAGCCCUACUUUGAGAUGAACAAUAAGAGGCGGCUAAAAAACUGAGCAUGCUGGGAAAUGUAGUCUGGUGGCGGCUUUUUUUAACUGCAACAGCAGCACUGUGUCACUGUGUAUACUUCAGCUUUCCACAUGCCUGAACGACUCGCGUAGCGCGAGUGAUUCAGCACAGUACGCGUGGACUGUCCGCGCAGAGCCUAUUUUUCUGCAUGUGUGGACAGUCCGCGUCUUUUUGCUCAUCGUUGGGACCUGUUGUUAACCGUGCGUAAAGAGUAUCACAAAGCAGUCGUAGUAUGCAAAGUAUAUUUUGAAAGGCUAAGCGUUCUACCAUGCGCAAGACAGAACGGCACGUGGAAAAACUGUACGUUAGCAUUUAAUCGGAGGGUGCCAUAUUUAAUGCGAUACGGAUAAAAACGAGGCUGUAAAAGAAGAAUAGUCCGUUUGAUUUCAGUUGGACUGUUACAUUUUGUGGUGCUGAUCGAUCAAGUCAACAAAACAUAAAAAAUGCGUCUAAAGACGCACAAACUGUCUAUCGCUUACAGCGGGGCUCUUCAGCUACUUUAUUGCGGGGGCCAGAUUAUCCAUAUGAAAACUUGGUGGGGGUCAGAUUUUUCAUCCUUCAUAUGUUCUGGCUGAAGAAUAAACAUGACUUGUACUUUUUUUUUUUUUUUUUUUUCCAAUUUGGAAUGCCCAAUUCCCUAUGCGCUUUUAUCCGGGUGGUGGAGGACGAAUCCCAGCUGCCUCCGCGUCUGAGACCGCCAACCCGCGCAUCUUAUCACGUGGCUUGUUGCCACGGAGACACGGCACGUGUGGAGGCUUCACGCCAUCCACCGCGGCAUCCACACACAACUCACCACACGCCCCACCGAGAACGAACCACAUUAUAGCGACCACGAGGAGGUUUCCUCAUGUGACUCUACCCUCCCUAGCAACCGGGCCAAUUUGGUUGCUUAGGAGACCUGGCUGGAGUCACUCAGCACACCCUGGGAUUCAAACUAGCGAACUCCAGGGGUGGUAGCCAGCGUCAAUACUCGCUGAGAUACCCAGGCCCCAUGGCUUGUAUUCUUAAAUAUCAAAUAAUUUUUGAUCAACUUUACUUUGAAAAAACAAAACAUAAUAAUCAAUUUUAACAUUUUAGGGCUGUUUGACACUUCAAGAAUAGUGAAUGAAAGCCAACUUUUCAGCGAAUUUUCUUUUAACGUUCAGUUUUCAUAAUCGAUUUCUCUUUUGUUGCCUAAUGUGCAUAUGACAACAUUUCUGUCACAACUGCGGUGAUCAUUUUUUACAUCUGUAGAUUUUAUUUUUUUUAUUUUAUCCCCUUUUCUCCCAAUUUGGAAUGCCCAAUUCCCACUACUUAGUAGUUCCUCGUGGUGGCGCGGUUACUCACCUCAAUCCGGGUGGUGGAGGACAAGUCUCAGUUGCCUCCGCUUCUGAGACCGUCAAUCCGUGCAUCUUGUCACGUGGCUCGUUGUGCAUGUGGAGGCCCAUGCUACUCUCCACGAUCCACGCACAACUUACCACACGCCCCAUUGAGAGCGAGAACCACUAAUCACGACCACGAGGAGGUUACCCCAUGUGACUCUACCCUCCCUAGCAACCGGGCCAAUUUGGUUGCUUAGGAGACCUGGCUGGUGUCACUCAGCACGCCCUGGAUUCAAACUCGCAAGUGUGAUAGUCAGCGUCAAUACUCGCUGAGAUACCCAGACCCUACAUCUGUAGAUUUGACCGCACUCUACACAACUAAGCAAUUUUAUAUAAAUACAUUUGAUUGAAAAAGACGCUAUCAAAUGCUCCCCUAAACGGUGCAAUCCAUGUUUAGCAAAGCAGUGUAACUAAACUAUCGCCAGCCUCCGGUUUGCACAACUGAUGACGGCUGAAUGCUGUUGCACACGCCAUUGAGCGUUGUUAAACUCACCGCUAAUUGCUGAGGCUUGCGCCUACGAACACUGAGUUUUGCACAGAGAGCACUCUGGUAUUUCAGAUGUCGAGACAAUUUGAUAAAAAAAUCAGUCGGAGGGCCAGACAAAGAUGAUCGGAUUUGGCCCACCAGUUGACUAGCCCUGACUUACAGCCUCGUUUUCAUUCACGUUAAAUAAGCAUGCCGUCUACCCUGACUGAGAUCCAUAAACUAUUCUGUUUCCUUGCAUCUGUCAAAACUUAAUUAUACUCAGGCUUUUAUUUGUGCCAUACUAAAAUCAUCAGGAUAUGCCUUUGAUUCAUUCUACCAGGAAUUAACAUACUGUAUGCAUUGUAAACACAGUUUCAUUUCUUCUUUAGCUACUGUAAUUAUCAUUAUUUUAGCUAAGGGAUUAGAAAGCCUUUUUUUAUAUUUAGGUAGUUUAAAUUUAAUCAGAAAUGAUUAUGCACAAACUCUUAACAUCAUGUGUGUUUAAUAUCCGUUACAAUAUUAUAGGUCAGUCUGUCUCCUAAUUGGGGGACACAUGGAUCAACAUUCCUGAUUAAUACCAUAGAUAAUUUUACUGCCGUAUAUUUACAUGUCUUCCUUCUGAGCUCACAAGAAAAACUGUGAGAAUGUGGUUGAUGUCAUACAGUAAGUGUGUGUGUUGGUUUAAUGUUUGUCUUUAUAUAUGAUGAUGGAGCAGAUGCACUAUCACGUGCACAGGUCUGCUGUUCUGUUCAUAUUUACACCCGAGAGCACUGAAUUACAUAAACAUAUGCAGAUACAUACAAUUCUCGCUCUCAUUGUUUUAGUUCUUAUGUGAUAUCCCAUAAUAUUUAAAGGCAUGUCUCUAUGGCAACCAAAAAGAGAUCCUGAGAGUCCUUCCUGAUCUAUUUUAGAACACGUUUUAACCAGUGGCGUAGCCAAGGGUGGGCCUCAGCCACUCUUUUUGACUUCAAAUAUAUAUUUAUAAAAUAGUUAAAAAUGCAUAGAUUGGGGGCCUGGGUAUCUCAGCGAGUAUUGACGCUGGCUAUCACCCCUGGAGUCGCGAGUUUGAAUCCAGGGCGUGCUGAGUGACUCCAGCCAGGUCUCCUCCUAAGCAACCAAAUUGGCCCGGUUGCUAGGGAGGGUAGAGUCACAUGGGGUAACCUCCUCGUGGUCGCUAUAAUGUGGUUCUCGCUCUCAGUGGGGUGUGUGGUGAGUUGUGCGUGGAUGCCGCGGAGAAUAGCAUGAAGCCUCCACACGUGCUACGUCUCCGUGGUAACGUGCUCAACAAGCCACGUGAUGAUGCGCGGAUUGAUGGUUUCAGACGCGGAGGCAACUGAGAUUCGUCCUCCGCCACCCGGAUUGAGUCACUACACCACCACGAGGACUUAGAGCGCAUUGGGAAUUGGGCGUUCCAAAUUGGGAGAAAAGGGGAGAGAUAAAAAAAUGCAUAAAUUCUGCUUUCUGAAAGUGUGAGAACUGUUUGAAUGCGCCGCCUUUUCAACUUUUCUGGAAAAGUUGGAGAAAAACCAUUUUUACUGAGGCCCACCCAAAUGUGAUUUCCUGGCUACGCCCUUAGUUUUAACUCGCUUGGAGUAUUUUUGUGUUUGUGUGCCUUAAAUUUUGUGUUUGUUGGAAUUUAUGUGGGGUUUAAUUAUCAGACAUUCGUAAACAACUUUUUAUGGCAAAGAUCAGAGCGUUAGUUUAACAUUUGUAAGUCGGUCAAGCAGCCGGCUACUUCCUUAACGCCAAACAAAUACUACUGAUUCAUUUAAAUGCUUUUAUAACACUGUCUAUGUCAAACAAUAGACUUGUGUAUUCAUAUUUUUCACUUUAUUCCAGACUUUAUAUAGAUGUAUUAUUAUUAGAAAUAGUUUUGAUAUUGAUCUUUUAAUUCUAGUUUUGUCUGUCAAACUCCAGUUGAAAGAAGUUCAUCCAGCACUUUAAAGAAAAGUUUUUGUUUGUGUCUGUGUGUGUGUGUGUGCUCUGUGUAUUCUGUCAAAUAAAGAUCUAUUCAGUGGGUACUUUGCUGAAUUUGUUGUCGACUAUUCAUUCAGGAUAUCUGAUAAGUUUUGAACUUAUUUUAUACUAAUUUUUCAGGGUA